AUGUUGCAACCGAAAAAACCGAUAGCCAAAGCACCCACUGUGUGGAGGAGCAUUCAAGCAAUUGUUCUUGUUUCAUGGCUAAACGUCUUGUUGAUAUUUAUCCCGAUAUCCUGGGCUGUGAACUUUGCUCUACCCGAUCAGCACACUCUUAUAUUUGUUUUUGCAUUUCUGGCUAUCAUACCACUGGCCAAGCUUCUUGCCUUCGCGACUGAUGAACUGUCACUACGAGUCGGUCAAACUCUAGCUGGUCUUCUCAAUGCCACAUUAGUUAGUGGUUCCGUCGAGCUCAUCGUAUCAAUUAUCGCGCUCGCAAAGUGCCAGCUUACAAUCGUCCAGUCGUCCUUGGUGGGCUCUAUCCUGAGCGAUAUCUUAUUGGUACUGGGCAUGUGCUUCUUUGCCGGUGGCCUCCGCUUCUCGGAACAGGGAUUUGGUCAAAGUGCUGUGCAACUUAAUUCAUCAUUACUCACCAUCAGCGUGAUUGCUGUUCUGUUACCUGGGGCUUUUCAUAUGGCUCUGCAGGGCCAACCACAAUAUGACGAAUUGUCAACUGAUUACAACAUAUUGAAAACUAGUCAUGGCGUGCGUGAAUUACUACUCGUGAUAUUCUACGCAUCUUAUCUGGUUUUCCAGUUAUUAUCGCACAAAGCCCUCUACGACGAUGACAAUGAAGAUGUGCAACAAACCAAGGGCUACACGGGCGAGAAUCCAUUCCAAUUGCUCAGGACACGUAAGAAUAUCAAGGAUGGUGAAACAGCGUCUUCCCCGAGUUCGGCACAAGAUGGAGAGGCAUCCACAACGUUAUCCCGCCCCGCAGAUGCCGACCCUGACGUGGAACCUGGGAUCCAUUCCACAUCAGUAGAGGCUGAGGCUCCUGAGCAACCACUGAUGAGCCUUGCUGUGUGCCUUUUGCUUUUGGUUGUUGUAACUGUGUUGGUUGCUGUUACUGCAGAGUUCCUCGUUGACUCAAUUGAUGGCUUGACUUCAUCUGGGUCGAUCAACAAGGAGUUCGUUGGUCUUAUUUUGCUUCCAAUCGUCAGUAAUGCAGCGGAACAUGCCACUGCAGUUACGGUGUCCGUCAAGGAUAAACUAACUUUAAGCUUGAGCGUUACUGUGGGUGCGAGCAUUCAAAUUGCGCUCUUUGUGAUUCCAUUCAUCGUGACACUUGGUUGGAUUAUGGAUAAGCCAUUGACACUUCUCUUUGACCCGCUAGAGUCCAUCGUAUUGUUCCUUUCCGUCCUCACUGUCAAUUACAUCGUGCAGGACGGCAAGUCAAAUUGGUUGGAAGGGAUGAUCCUCAUGUGCUUGUACAUGAUUUUGAUUGUAACGUUUUGGUUUUAUCCUGGUGAGUCCCUCGUCGAUGUAACUGAAGACUGUCCCACAUAUUGGAUGCUGUUCUCGCUAGGUACCCAAGGGAUCUUCCCAAGUUGUUAG